CCAACUUUUGAAAUUGGAGUCCAAAUGAGAGCCCGCCAAAGCCCAUCCACGUAGGCGGGCCUUUCAGUUUUGAGCAUCGGGCUUAAUGAGAUGAAACCUUCUUAGCCCAAACCAAAAGCCGAGAUGAAAUUACGAGUCCACCCUUAGUUUCACUUCGAAUUGCAAGGCUACCUCCCUUCCCCCAUAUCCUGAGAGGGCGGCUCAAUCGUCUUCUCCAAUCAGCUCCGCAGCCGGCCAACAAUGGGGAAGAGCAACGAUUCCAUUGCGAAAAGGAAGAACAAAAAGAUCAGAAGAAAGCAAAACGAAUCCUCCACUGUUUCCGAGCGAGUGGCCGCCAUUAUCGCCGCCAAUAAGCGCCGCCAGUCCGGCAAACGCCGCCUGUGCCAGAGUAUGUGUUUCAGCCUACCUACGCUCGAGGACCCCUUCAAUGACAGGAAUGGGAAACCAGAUCCUCUGAAGAUAAAAAAGCAGCUGAAAUCCAAGAAAGAUAAAAAAAUUGAGAAAAAGAGGAAUGCAGCAGAUAAAAAGAAUGUCCAACUCGAGAAUUUACGGGCGGAGCUAUUAGGGAAAGCCAAAAACCCAGAAAAUACAGCACACCAAACUACUGGAAAUGGGAUUUUAGGCGAUGCUGAUGAGGGGGAUAUUUUUGAUAAAAAUGAAGAUUGUCCAUCGAAGUUCUUGAUGUCAUGCUUGAACACAAUUCAGAAUGCAGUGCUGCAUGAUGGAGCAUUGAAUAAUGAGGCAGGCAACCCGUUUGUUGGGUCUUCUUGGGGGACUAAAUUUUGGAACUGUUUUACCAGUGGAAAAGAUAUUAUGGAUACAAAUCAAUCACAUUCUUGUGUUGAGCAAAUUGCUUGGAUUGCAUCAACUGCUGCUGAUAGUAUUUCGAAAAAGCAGAAAGGACUAUCAUUGAGAAACCCUUUUCUUCUGUAUCUUGUUCCUUCUCAAGAGAAAGCUGUUAAGGUGCGUCAAAUUUUCAAGCCCUUAAAAACCCUUGGAAUUCAUACUAUCAGUUUGCAUUCAGGCGCCUCCAUGGAUCAUCAAAUUCAGGGGCUGAAGAGUUGUGAUCCGCAGUUUCUUAUUGCUACACCGGAGAGACUUCAAGAGCUCAUCUCACAUAAUGCCAUUGAUAUAUCUGGGGUUUCUCUACUGGUUAUUGAAGGACUGGACUAUGAGGCUUGCAGUAUCGAUGCAAUCAAAACCAUUAAACACCUCAUUUCUGGGAGGUCACAAACAGUCGUUUUCUGCGAUUCCUCAAGAAGUCCUUAUAUUUCAGCUGUAGAGAAAUUUUUGCAGGUUUCAUUCUGCAAAAUACCCUACGGCGCAUGAACGGCGAUUUCUUCAUCGCUAGUCAUUCUGUUCUAACACAGUAAGUGUCACUGUUUUUGAUCUUUCAUGUUGCAUUUGUUUCCUUCACAUUCUAAAGGUGGGGUUUUAGCCAUUGUUGUUUAGGUGACCAUUAAAGCUCCAUUUGGAAGCUCUUUUGGCUUAUUUAUUUGGUUGGGAUUGUUUUUACCAAAUGCUUUUCUUUUUAAAGAAAAUUCAACAGAUUCAGCUGUGGGGACAUUUUGGGCAAAUACCUCUUACUACUUACCAAACAUUGCCCUAAUUCAUUAGACUUAGGGCAAAAUUGCUCUUCUUUUGGCUGGUGGGAAAGCUGUUCAUGAACUACUAAUGCCAAUUGGCUACAGUUUUUUUA